UGCCAAUUUCUCAGUUUCUCUGUGCGCGUUGGCAUGGCGGCAAAUCCUCCCGCUUCCCAAGCAGCCACUGCGUCGCCCGCCGCCGCCGCCGCCGCUGCUGCUGCUGCUGCUGCUUCCGGCAUCAACAGCCUGUCCUUUGCACGCUCGGCCAGCUUGAUAUCGCGCAUGGAGGCCAGCAGCCGCCUCGAAGCGUCCUUCGGCUGCCAGGAAGACAUCUUCCAAUCGCUCGCGCAGAAUGACGCGCACCACAUCUCAAAGACGGACUUUCUACGGGCGCUCGUGUCGACUGGGCUGCUGCCGGACGAUCCGAGACUGAAGGAGUCGAUGCUGCUGAUGCAGUCGGUGCCGGAAAUGAUGGACCUGGCCACGUUCAAGCGCUGCAUUGCGCCAAACAUUCUGCUCAUUGACCGAGCGUUUCAAGGGGACCUCGUCAUCCCAGAGUUCCAGCAGUUCUGCGUCGAGCUACGAGGCAUGUUUGACAAGGUCCGGGCAAAUAAGAGCGGCACGGUCGCAGACUACAUUCCGCAACUCAGCCGCGUCUCGCCAAACCAGUUUGCCGUGUCCGUUUGCACCGUCGACGGCCAGCGGUUUUCCAUGGGCGAGUCGAGCACAGAGUUUUGCCUGCAGUCCACCUGCAUGCCCAUCAACUAUAUUCUGGCGCUGGAGGAGCAUGGCGAAGAGCGCGUGCACGAACACGUAGGCCGCGAGCCAUCCGGCCGCGGAUUCAACUCGCUCACGCUCAACGAAGCUGGCCGACCACACAACCCACUUAUUAAUGCCGGCGCCAUCAUGAUUUGCUCGUUGCUGCACCCGCUCAUCGAGCUGUCAGAUCGCUUCGACCACGUCAUCAAAAUGUACCGCAAGAUGGCUGGCGGAAAGCGUGUCGGCUUUAGCAACUCGACCUACCUGUCUGAACGACAAACUGCCGACCGCAACUUUGCCCUUGGCCACUACAUGAAAGAAAAGGGUGCCUUCCCAACAGGCACGAAUCUGAUGGAGACACUCGAGUUUUACUUUCAGCUGUGCAGCGUCGAAAUGACGGCCGAUUCGCUCAGCAUUCUAGCAGGCACCUUGGCGAACGGCGGCAACUGCCCAAUCACGGGCGAAUCGGUUGUUUCAUCCGAUGCGGUGAAGAAUGCGCUUUCCGUCAUGUACUCGUGCGGGAUGUACGAUUAUUCUGGCGAGUUUGCGUUCCAGAUCGGUCUUCCUGCCAAGUCCGGUGUCUCUGGCGCGAUGAUGGUCGUGGUGCCGAAUGCCAUGGGUAUUGCAAUCUGGUCACCGCCACUAGACCGAUUCGGCAACUCGGUUCGAGGGAUUGAGUUUUGCCAGCGGCUGAUUGCCAAGUACAAUUUCCACAACUACGACAACUUGGUUCACGUGUCUUCUCUGGGCAAGCGCGAUCCUCGAAACAAGCGCGAAAAGGCACGGGAUGAUGAGCUCGUGACGCUGUUGUUCGCCGCGAGCACGGGCGACCUGUCCAGCGUUCGUCGCUUGUUUUUGAGUGGCGUCAACUUGAACGAGGGAGACUACGACGGGCGCACUGCCAUCCAUCUUGCCGCCAGCGAGGGCCAUCUUAAGGUUGUCGAGUUUCUACUGAGCUGUGAAGUUAUUGACAUUAAUGUGCUCGAUCGAUGGGGCGGGACGCCUUUGGACGAUGCCAUUCGCGAAAACCACCCGGCAGUCAUUGCAUUACUGCGCACCCAUGGCGGCAAGCAAAACGCGCGUGUUGUUGCCAGGACAUGAUGCGUCGAGAGAUUGGUCGACCAACGAGAUAGUAAUAAAAGCGAUUUCUUAACCAAAA